AACGCAGUACCUUCUCGCCCUUUCCUUUCCAUUCUUGCUCCUAACUUUCUUUUUUUUCUUUCUCUCUCCUUCAUCCUUAUAUUUCCAACGGAACCUUCUAGAACCACCAUAACCCCAAUCUCUCUCCUCUCUCUCUCUCUCUCUCAUCAACUCCAUCCAUUUGCGCGCUUCCUCCAUGGCUCCGCCGCCUCCGGUGGAACACAACGCUGACUCCUCCACCACCGCCUCUGUCGUCGCAGACUCUCAGAGAUCCAUUCCCACGCCGUUUCUCACCAAAACCUUUCAACUCGUCGACGACCAAUCCAUCGACGAUGUUAUCUCCUGGAACGACGACGGAUCAACGUUCAUCGUGUGGAACCCUACCGUCUUUGCCAGAGACUUGCUUCCUAAAUAUUUUAAACACAACAAUUUCUCCAGCUUCGUUCGCCAGCUCAACACUUACGGAUUCAGGAAGGUUGUACCUGAUCGGUGGGAAUUCUCAAACGACUGUUUCCGUCGAGGCGAGAAGCAGCUUCUGAGCGAAAUUCAACGGAGGAAGAUCUCGUUACCGGUGGCUUCGACGUCGCCGUCUACGACGGCUCCGGCAACGGUUUCUGUUCCUUCGUCGAUGCCGUUGACUGCUAUUCCGAUCAUAUCGCCGUCGAACUCCGGCGAGGAGCAGGUGAUAUCGUCGAACUCGUCACCGUCGCUCGCGCCGGCGGAGCUCAUCGACGAGAACGAGAGGCUUAGGAAAGAGAACGUUCAGUUGACAAAAGAGCUCGCGGAGAUGAGAUCGCUCUGCAAUAAUAUAUAUGCUCUCAUGUCAAAUUACGCGAACGCCAACGGUAACGCAAGUUACCAAACGGACGGCGGUGCUGGUGGCGCGCAGGGAAGUAGGGAGUCCGGCAUGACGGCGGUGAGGCCGCUCGAUUUGAUGCCGACGAAACGGAUCUCCGGUGAGGACGCGGCGGAGUUGAAUCCGAAACUGUUCGGUGUGGCGAUUGGAGCGAAGCGCGCGAGGGAGGGAGGAGGGAGCGGUGGAGAAGAAGGAGGUGGACCAAAGAAAGAUACGCUGCUGCGUCUGCACCACCCAGGUCCUGGAGACGUCAAAUCUGAACCGUUGGAUUGCCAAAACCAGCUCGAGAAUCAGGAAGCACCGUGGUUGAGUCAGUGUCAUAUAGCAAAUCAGAGGGUCUGUAAUUGACACGCAGCGACAGAUAAGUGAAGGAACAUUUUAGAUUAGAUACGCAAUGGCGUAGGGAAUCCGAGACCCGGCACGCGGAGACGCACGUAUAGUGUCACGUGCAUCGUUUAACCGUUUGGGACCGAUUCCCAGAAGGUUCUCAGAAGUCAGAGGAAAACGAUACUUUGUAGUCUUCUUUCUUAUCUCUCUUUCUUUCCUUUUUUUCAUUAAUUGGAUUUGGCCUGUAGAUUUGCCUUUCAGGAUAGUGUUGAAGAUUUUAUUUAGCGCUAUUAA